AUGAGCGCCCGUGAAGCACCGCGAGACUAUUCGCAUGAUCUUGCUCCGCCUACCGGCCGCAGCCUCGGCUUUGGGGCGAUCCACGACAGUUUCCAGUCGGCGCCGUCUACGGCGCAGAACGCGACGUUUGCUGCGUUUGCCCCCCCCGGUUCGGCGAAUCCUGCGCUGUUUCUGCCAAGCGACCACAGCGGAUCGAGGGCGCGCUCAGCGGACGAAAGCGCGCGCCUCUCCCCUUCUUUCCCCAGACGCCCGGUGAGCUCGCAAGAGACGCGCAUGCACGACCUGCGCCCGGGAUACGAUACGGGCAGCGGGCCCAACACCCCGCUGCUGAGCUCGCGGAGCUCUGGCGCCCGAACGCCACGCAGCGCAUCGCUCGCCGUGGGGUCGAUGCAGCGCAUGCCGCUCACGACAGCGGCCGCAGCCGCGAGCGACCAGCGCACGCAGCUGCAGGUGCGCAACCUUCCGUACAGCGUGCGCUGGCAGGACGUCAAGGACCUCUUCCGCCGUGCCGGGACGGUGCUGCGUGCCGAUGUGCACCUUACCGCAGAUAAGCGCAGCUGCGGCACAGGCUCCGUGCUGUUUGCCACCGAAGAGGAUGCGCUGCGCGCCGUUGACACGCUACACGGAUACACGUGGCAGGGGCGCGUGCUCGACGUGCAGCUCGAGCGCGACGCACCUCCCAACGGCGCGUCGCACCGCUCUUCGGAGGCGAGCACGCCCGGGGCGCGUGCCGAUGAAGCGACGCCGCCGACGCGCACGCCGACUUCGGCGCUGUUUCCCGGCUUUGACUCGCUCCCUGCGCCGCCGACGCGCUUCCCCGGCUUUGCGCCCCGUCGUGACGGCCCCGAGCUGCCGUGGCCGCCGAUGGGCAUGCCGGCCCCAAUGCCGAACCAAGUUUCGCUGCCCUUCCCUGGGCGCGUGCUGUUUGUGGGCAACUUGCCCUUCCACUGCCAGUGGCAGGAUCUAAAAGACCUAUUCCGCGCUGCGGGCAAUAUCCAGCGUGCAGACGUCGCGUUGAACGCCGAUGGACGCUCGCGUGGCUUUGGUACGGUGCUCUUUGCAUCGCCAGAGGAUGCGCAGAACGCGGUGCGUCUGUACCACGGCUACGAGUACAACGGGCGCGUGCUCAAGGUGCACUUUGACCGCCUCGCGCACUACGGUCCUUCGAACGGCAUGGUGCCGACCGACCCGUCGCAGUACACAGCGGCCUUUUCGUCACACGGCCCCGCGCCGCCGGACUUGGCGCAUGCCCCGAUGGACCCGUCGUUGGUCGACGGCGACUUGCUCGAGGCCCCGGGCGAGCCUUGGGGCGAGCACGGCGCCGGUGCCGAGGCGCGCCGCCCGGGGCACAUUGCGCUGCCGCCGCUCUCGAUGGCGAAUCCUACUGCGGCGACGCCGGGCAUCGGUGUGCCGAUGACGCCGGGCAUGCCGGGCUUUAUGAUGCGUCCGGUGCUUGACACGCCCCCGCUAUACCCCCACCUCCUGAGCCCGGGCACGGGUUUCGGCAGCCCUCUGUCGGGCAAUACGCCCAUGUUCCCGGCCAUUAACCCCUACAUGAAUGCUGCGCCCGGCGCGCCGCUCGACUUUGUCCCGAACGCGUACGGCUACGGCGACCUCGGGCAGUCGGCCUUCUUUCCCCAGCCGGGCAACCUUCCGCCGACGCCCCACUGGUCGCAGCCUGCACGCACGCGCGUGCGCGCCUCGUCGCUUCAAUCAGAGAAGAACGAGGGCGUGCAGCAGACGCCAGGGGCCAAGCGCGAGCCGGUCGACGGCGAGUACCCAUUCCCUGCACUCGGCCCCGAGGCGCAGGACGAAAAAGAAGACGCAGAGACGCCGCCGGCGAAGGACAACAGCGCCGUGCAAAGCAGCACCAAAGAGCUUACCGAGGCGAUCGCCAAGCUCAGCGUCCACGGCACCGCGCGCUCCAAGCGUGGCAGCGCGGACGCGGGCGAUUCGCGCGACGUUGCUGAAAAGGCUCUUUCGCGCCUGCGCGAGGGGCUCGCGACGCCGAACGAAGCGCCGCAGAACGACACGAAACAGUAG